AGCUUUAACAGGCGGAUAGAGAAAGAUGGAGAACGGAAACGGGAUCUGAACUUUGAAGUAUUAGCUGCUGAGUUCAAACACAGAGGAGGACAAACCCUGGACAUCUUCCCAAAUAAAUCAAAUCUGUUAUAUAAGUGUUUCCAGUAAGAUGAAUUCUCGCCGUCUGUGAUUGUAAAACUGUACAGAGGAGCUUUGGCGGUCUGCAGAACUGUAGAUAUGAAGUCUAGCGAUCUGUAAAACUAUGCGGAGGAGGUCUGGCGGUCUGUAGACUGGUAGGAUGAGGUCUGGUGGUCUUUGCACCUUGAACGUUGGAGGGCGCAGGUUCUGCCUCCCUGUAGACCUGAUGCAGCGAGUCCCCCUCAGCAGGCUGAGCCGGCUGCGGCGGCAGGUCUGUGACGAGUUCGACUGUGACCAAAACAAGUUUUUCUUCGACAGACACUCGGAGGCUUUCAGCCUGAUCCUGCUUUACCUGCAGCACGGGACCCUGCGCUUCCUGCCCCACAUGUGUGAGCUGUCCUUCUAUAAUGAAAUGCUCUACUGGGGUCUGGAGAGCUCAGACCUGCAGCCCUGCUGCAAGCGCCGCCUGGAUGACCGGCUGUCCGUACACUUCUUCCCUGAAGAGGUUCCCAUGUGCCCUGAUGAGCACCAGAACUGCUGGCUGGAGACCAUCAGGAAGACCUUCGAGGAGCCCGCCUCAUCGCUGCUCGCCCAGGUCCUCACCACAGUGUCCAUGCUGUUUGCUGUCAUCAGCAUGGUGAUGCUGUGUGCCAGCACCUUACCAGACUGGAAGACUCCCGAGACCCUGGAGCAGCACAGGAUCAUCGAGGUGGUGUGUAUCGGCUGGUUCACUGCGGAGUGUAUCAUCCGUUUCCUGGUGUCUUGGGAUAAGUGUGAGUUUUUGCGGCGGCCACUGAACAUCAUCGACCUUCUGGCCAUCUCUCCGUACUUGUCGGUCGCCAUGCAGGUCCUUACAGGGGAGAACUCGCAGCUGCAGCGUGCCGGCGUCACACUGCGUGUCCUGCGCAUCAUGCGCAUCUUCUGGGUCAUCAAGCUGGCCCGUCACUUCCUGGGGCUGCAAACGCUCGGCCUGACGCUUCGGCGCUGCUACCGGGAGAUGGUGAUGCUGCUGGUCUUCAUCUGCGUCGCCAUGACGAUCUUCAGCGCGCUGGCACAGCUGCUGGAGCACGGCCUGCAGGGUGGCAACCUGCAGGGCGGGAACCAGGCCUAUGCCAGCAUCCCGGCUGCCAGUUGGUGGGUCAUCAUCUCCAUGACCACGGUGGGGCCCCGCGAGGGGGGCAGGGGAGAGAGGGCGCAGCGAGCACUUUGUCCACGGCCCCGGGAAGCGGCGAGGUCUGGGCGGAGGGCGCUGUAA